AUGGAGGAUAUUGUGCCUCUGAUUGUUGUGCUUUUUCAGCUAGAAGCGCAAGAUAUCGAAGUCUGUGAGCAGCUCUAUAAAGCUUUAGUGGAUUCUCUUGCUGGAAAUAGCACCUAUUGCCAUCGGAUUUAUUUUGAUGAUGAUUUUUCACGAUAUCUUAUUGUACGUGAAAAAUUUGAACAUCUCUCACAAGGAACCACUGGUCUUUCAUGUUGGCAGGCAUCAUGUGAUCUGGCUAACUAUUUAUUGAAAUUUAAUCAUGAAGCUUUUUGUGCAAAUGAUGUGCUGGAAUUGGGCGCAGGCUGCGGACUGGUUGGCAUUGCGCUUGCUGCUACUGGAUGCCCACGAACCGUGACACUCUCUGAUGGUAGCGAAGACGUGUUGAGUUUAAUUCGCGAUAAUAUCAGCAUAAAUUUCUCGCAGGUACUCACCACAAUGUUGAAAUAG